AUGGCCACCUUUGACAACAACAUGACCAACCUAACCAAUGUCAGUGCCUUCUACUGUCACUUUAAUGAACAUUUUAAAUAUAUUCUCCUUCCUGUCAGCUAUACCCUGGUCUUUGUAAUUGGCCUGGCGCUGAACGCCACGGCGUUGUAUGUGAUUGUGUUCCGCACUAAGCGCUGGAAGCCCUCCACUAUCUACAUGUUUAACCUGACGAUGUGCGACACACUCUACAUCCUCACUCUGCCCUUCCUCAUCUAUUACUACGCAGAUGAGAACGACUGGCCCUUCAGCGAACCAUUCUGCAAGCUCAUACGCUUCCUGUUUUAUACCAAUUUAUAUGGUUCCAUUCUGUUCCUGUGCUGUAUCAGCCUGCAUCGCUUCGUUGGCAUCUGCUAUCCAGUCCGCUCCCUCUAUUGGGUCAGCGCUCGUCGGGCCAAGCUGGUAUCUGUGGCAUUGUGGGCCUUUGUAUUAUUCUGCCAGUCACCUAUUCUCUACUUCUCAAGAAUUAGGGAUGUGGAGGGUGAGCGGAUCUGCUACGACACCACUAGCCCAGAGCUUUUUAAUGACUUCCUGGUGUACAGCUCAGCUGUGUCAGUGCUAAUGUUUGCCUUGCCCUUCAUUGUGGUGAUGGUGUGCAAUGGCCUCAUGGUGCGGAAGCUUCUGGCCCCUGGCUGGGGGUCUGAAGGGGCUGAGAGGGGAGGCCUGUCAGCCCAACGUUCCAAGCAGAAGUCGGUGAAGAUGAUCAUUAUUGUGCUGGCAGCAUUCAUGCUCUGCUUCCUGCCUUUCCACCUCAACAGGAGUCUUUACUACUCUUUAAGAUACCUAAGGCAGAUCAGCUGUAAGUUGCUGGAGGCGUCCAGUGUGGCCUACAAGGUGACCCGACCUUUAGCCAGCGCCAACAGCUGCGUGGACCCCAUCCUUUACUUCCUGGCUGGGCAGGAUGUCCGCAGUAGCCUCACCAAGAAGAACAAGUCAUCAAAAUCAACAAGUGUGAGCCAACACCUGGCCACACAACUCUGA